AUGCUGAUUCCACUCCGCAAUGGCCAAGGCUCCUUCGCAAGUCUCUCUACCGGGUCGGCCUUGCUACAGCUUCGUCGGAAGGUGACGGCCACGAAUGCCAAGGCAUCGCCAUCGUCCAUGCUCGUCGUGGCCAGCGACGUGGCCCGCAAACUUGACGAGACUGGGGUGUGGAAAAGAAGAGCAGGACGCAAGAAGCCCGGUGCUUUCAGGGCCAUUGAGCCACGCAGGGUCAACAUAGUCAGCGAUGGCCUGUGCGACGACAUCAUCAAGUAUCUCGGGCCCUCGAUCGAGCGACACCGAGGAUGCGACCUGGUUGAUCUGAACCCCGGAGCCGGCGUAUGGAGCCGCAAGCUCCAUGACUUUCUUCAACCUCGCAAACACGUCAUGAUGGACCUCGAUGCCGAGCUUUACAAUCCGUUCCUCGACGAGCUCCUGUCGCGGGACAAUGUCAAGAUGAUUGCCGAGUCUGGCCUUGUCUGGAAGAGCCUUUUGGAGGUGAUUCGCGCGCACCUCUCUGGCCAGGCCGAGGUCGCACCAGGUGAGCCACCGCGUCGCAACGAUACGCUUCUCGUCACGGCCAACCUGUCCAUGUUCCCAAAGAAGUCGUUUCUCGGCUUCGACAGCAUGAGCACCAUGGUGCUGUACCAGUUCAUGUCGAGCAUACGCACGUCGACGCUCUUCCAGCGGUACGGACUGGUCCGCAUGCUCAUAUGGGUCAAUGACGAGGACAAGCGCCGGAUUCUGCCCCGGUCCAUCCUUCGUCGCAAGAAGAGCGCUUUUGAAGCGGAGCUCUCGUGCGAAUGGGUGCACGAGGUGGCCGGGCUGGACACAGAGGUCGAGGAUCGGAACGCGCUCCGGGACGAAUGGAUCAACGCCGAGUCGGCCUGCCAGACACUCAGGAGGAUGGAGGCGGCCGGGCUGAAGAUGCCGGCGCACCGGCAGUCGCUGGCCCACUCCAAGUUGCGGCCGGAAGAAGCCCCGUGGGAAACGAAACUGGCCGGUGUGCAGCCACCGACACUGACCCGGCCGUUCAAGCAGGAGCUCGAGGAUCUCGAGCACGGGUCCGCGGCCGUGUCCGCGUCCGAGGAGUCGUCGAAACGGCUCAAAGCGCUGCGCCAGCGCGAGCGGUACGGCCAGGAAGAGGCCCUCCUGUACCUGCAUCUCCUCCAGAAGCGAGACGCAGCCAUCGAGCUGGCAGCCUCGGCGCCCGCCGAGUUUGAAAAGGUCAACGCGGCCUGGAACGAGACGAUUGACGGCCUGAAGAAGAACCCGCGCAACGAGUUCAACGUGAUCAAGGACAGCUACCACCUGUUCCGCCAGUCUCCGCCGGCGCUGCUCUGGGACAGGAGAGCGUUCGAGCCGCUCGCCGUUCGAGCAGACGACUUCUUCCCCAACGCGCCGACCGCCCUUCUGGACAUCCAGCCCAAGGACAUGCACCCGCUCUUCAGGGAGCACGGGGUGAACAGCUCGCGCGCGGGCGACAUGUCCGAGGUCAUGCUUCGCUUCUGGUUCCACCACACAUUGCUCCCCGUCGACAGGGCCAUGGAGGGCCUCUGGGGCGGCUUCGGCGACCUGGUCACCGAGUGUCCCAGCGUGAGAGACCCGGCACGCGGCGGGACGCCAAUGACGGGCCACGGCGCGCUGACCGCGCGGGCCGUGAACGGCGAGCAGUGGGCCGAGAUUAUGCAGGCGUGGAUGAGCUGGCCCUUCAGGCCGACGUACACCCAGAUGCUGGGGAGGUUGGUCGAAGACAUGGACUCGGAGGCGGACGACGAGGACACCAAUUCUGCCGCAGCAGGCAUAGCCUUUUGA